AUGUCGACCGGUUCCAGUUCAUAUAGGAAGACAAGUUCGGCAGCAACAUUCCCGACAACAACAUUCCCGAGUUCAGCAAAUCCGAUAUUAGAAUGUAAACAUAGGGAAAAGCCCGAUCUUCUUACCUCUCAUACUGAUCUGAAUCCGGCUAGGAGGUACUACCGGUGCAAAUAUCGAAUGGAUGAUGAUUGUCAAUUUUUUGCUUGGUUUGAUCCUGAGCUCCCACCCUACCAGAAAGCUAGUUAUUUGAAGUUGAAAGGUCAAGUUCAAGUGUUGGAAGAACAAUUGAAAUGCAAAGUGUUUAUGGAGAAACUUUUGUCUGAAAGAUUAGAAGUAAAAGACAAUGAGUUGGAUCUGUUGAAAAGGAAAAAUGCUGAUCUUGAGAAUAAUAUUGCAACCAUGGAUCAGAGGAGAAAAUCAGAGAAAAAUUUGCUUAUUUUAGUCACUAUGUUUUUGUUAGCCAUGUGGUUCUUUGGUGUUUCUAAUGAGAAGAAGUUAAUGCUUAUGUAG